GAAGCUUUUAACAAUGUCCGGACGUGGAAAGACUGGUGGAGGAAAAGUCAGGGCCAAGGCGAAGACCCGCUCAUCUCGUGCUGGGCUUCAGUUUCCUGUUGGUCGUGUGCAUAGGCUGCUCAGGAAAGGUAACUAUGCUCAACGGGUUGGUGCCGGCGCCCCUGUCUAUUUGGCGGCGGUGUUGGAAUACCUGACCGCUGAGAUCCUGGAGUUGGCUGGAAACGCUGCUCGCGAUAAUAAGAAAACUAGGAUCAUCCCCCGUCACCUUCAGCUGGCUGUUCGCAAUGACGAGGAGCUGAAUAAGCUGCUCGGUGGAGUAACCAUCGCCCAGGGCGGCGUGUUGCCUAACAUCCAGGCCGUUCUCCUGCCCAAGAAAACCGAGAAGGCUGUUAAGGGCAAGUAAAGUCAAUAACAGACAACAACCUCAACGGCUCUUUUAAGAGCCACCCACUGUUUCCUGAGGAGCUGAUUCCUAACUGUAUUUAAGUCUGAACACACGCAAUAAUACUCACACACACAGGUUUUAUCAGUAAUGUGGUCCAUAACAAUCUAGACUAAAAUACCAGUUAACAAGUUUACUAUGUAAUUGUGAUUAUUCUAAACAUUAUAUUCUGUAAUUAAAGGAAUGUAAUUUUUUACCAAACCAAAAUAAGGAUCACUGUAUGUUAAACAACAUAAAUUGGCUGCAGAAACAACGCUUGUGAAGUGUUACAACGAUGAAAGGC